AUGGUGAAGACGGAGGGCCGAACGACAAAGGCAAUGCGACCAAUGUUUGGUCCGUACGUGGUCAAGCAACAACAGGGUCAAGGAUAUAUCCUGGCGAACAAAGACGGCACCACCCCAAGCACGUUCAAGGGCCAGCUGGUCAGAGUGGAACUGUUGCGCUUGGUACAUAGAGCAACGGAACCAUCCCUGGCGAACGAGAUGUGGCAAGAACAGGGUUCGGCUUUCAGGCACAUCAUCCGACAUCGCCAGAAUGACCACACCGGCGUUAUGGAGUACUUGGUUCAGUGGAAGGAAGGCAAUCCCACAUAG